CGAGAAGGCGACCAUCUCUCGCGUUACUUCCUUGUUUCCAGAAUCCUUAGCGCGAAGUGGGAAAACACUCAUUUAGCUCAGCUUUUUAUGAUCACUGCAGUUUCUUCAGUGGCUACCCUGUUGCUGGUUCUCUGUGAGAAAUGGCGGCUCCAGAACAGCCGCUGCCGAUGUCGAGAGGCUGCCAGAGCUCUGCUUCGCUUUCUCCGCCGCGGGGCGACCGAACCCUUCUAGUGAGGCACCUGCCAGCCGAGCUAACCGCUGAGGAGAAAGAGGACUUACUGAAGUAUUUCGGAGCGCAGUCCGUGCGCGUCCUGUCCGAUAAAGGGCGACUGAAACAUACAGCUUUUGCUACUUUCCCUAAUGAAAAAGCAGCUAUAAAGGCAUUGACAAGACUUCAUCAACUGAAGCUUUUAGGUCAUACUUUAGUUGUUGAAUUUGCAAAAGAGCAAGAUCAAGUUCAUUCACCAUGUCCUUCUUCAAGCACUGAAAAAAAGAAAAAGUCUGAUGAUACUGUGGAAGAUGAUAAAGAAAAGAAAGAACUUGAUUGUUUAACCAUAGAAAAUGGAAUUGCACCAAACCAUGGGCUGACUUUUCCUCUAAAUUCAUGCCUCAAGUAUAUGUACCCACCACCUUCAAGCACGAUUCUAGCAAACAUAGUAAAUGCUUUGGCAAGUGUGCCUAAGUUCUACGUACAGGUGCUUCAUCUUAUGAAUAAAAUGAAUUUGCCCACACCUUUUGGACCAAUUACUGCAAGGCCUCCCAUGUAUGAAGACUAUAUGCCACUACAUGCUCCUCUUCCACCUGCAUCUCCUCAGCCACCAGAGGAACCUCCUUUGCCAGAUGAGGAUGAGGAAUUAUCUAGUAAAGAAUCAGAAUAUGAAAGCAGUGAUGAUGAAGACCGUCAGAGAAUGACCAAACUAAUGGAACUAGCAAAUCUUCAGCCCAAAAGACCAAAAACAAUAAAGCAGCGCCAUGUGAGAAAAAAGAGAAAAAUAAAGGAUAUGUUGAAUAUACCAUCAUCUGCUUCACACAGCAGUUUACAUCCAGUGUUGUUACCUUCGGAUGUAUUUGACCAACCACAACCUGUAGGUAAUAAAAAAAUUGAAUUCCAUAUAUCUACCGACAUGUCAGCUGCAUUUAAGAAAGAUUUAGAAAAAGAACAAAAUUGUGAAGAACAAAAUUGUGACUUACCUGCUUCUGAAGUUGAUGCAUCCAAUAUAGGAUUUGGAAAAAUCUUCCCAAAACCAAAUUUGAGCAUCGCAGAGGAGAUUAAAGAAGACUCUGAUGAAAUGCCAUCAGAAUGUAUUUCUAGAAGGGAGUUGGAAAAGGGCAGAAUUUCUAGAGAAGAAAUGGAAACACUUUCAGUUUUUAGAAGUUAUGAACCUGGUGAACCAAACUGUAGAAUUUAUGUAAAGAAUUUAGCUAAACAAGUUCAAGAAAAGGACCUUAAAUUUAUUUUUGGAAGAUACGUUGACUUUUCGUCGGAAACACAACGCAUAAUGUUUGAUAUACGCUUGAUGAAAGAAGGUCGCAUGAAAGGACAAGCUUUCAUUGGACUUCCAAAUGAAAAAGCAGCAGCAAAAGCAUUAAAGGAAGCUAAUGGAUACAUUCUUUUUGGAAAACCUAUGGUGGUUCAGUUUGCUCGAUCUGCUAGACCAAAACAAGACUCUAAAGAAGGAAAAAGAAAGUGUUAAAAAUUAGUAAAGAAGCAUUCCUGCGUAAAUACUGCUGUAAUACUGUCAUACAAAGUGUAUCCUUUCUUGUCGUAUCCUUUUUGGGGCAGUGCUUUUUGGAUUUUCCUGCAAGUGUUUUGUCUCUCCCCAACCCAUUGAUCCAGUUUAAGCAAUAAUUUUUUUACAAUGUAUUGAAAUGAAGUAUUUUUAAAAUUAUCUGUGUUGAUUGAACAAAUCUUUUAUAUGGUUUUUAGAUUUGUUGCUGAAUUUUCUGUGCUGUCCUUUAGGUUAUGUAGUUUUGCCAGGGAAAGUUAGUGAAUCAGGUCAGCUUUUUACUUGGACAAGGUAUACAUUUGCUUUAACACAAAUUUUAUUCUUGUUUCUUCUAUUUAUGUAUUUUCUAAACCUAAUUCAGUAACAUAUAUGUUUUCUUUUUCAUGAUGUAUUUCAUGA